GGUCUUCGCACACUUAAUCAACUCCACGCCACCUCUACUCACACUCUCGAUGAGUAGUCAACUAGUUGAUCCACCCAAUGGUCACUAGUGGGCAAUGCGUUGUCAACGAGUGGACAACGCGGUGUCAACAAGUGGACAACGCGGUGUCAACGAGUGGACAACGCGGUGUCAACGAGUGGACAACGCGGUGUCAACGAGUGGGUAUUCAACAGACAACUCGUCUAACCUCAGUUUUCGGUUGAAUUUUGUCCUAAGAAGUCGUGUUGCUUUUGAAAUGUCGUACUUUACAUUCAGUGAACUGGCGAUUAUAGCUAUUAUACUCGAUAAUGAAAAUGAACGAAACAGCAGGAAAAGAAGAUAUUGGGUACAUGAUAUGUUGAGACAAAGGAAAUCAGAAGGGGAAUAUUGGAAUAUCCGGAGACGUCUGCUAGAUGACGAAGAAAAAUUCUAUAUCUAUUUCCGUAUGCCGAGAUACUUGUUUUAUUAUAUACUUAAUUUUAUUGAGGACGACAUCUACAAAAGAAACACGCGAUUUAGAGAAGCUGUAUCACCGGAAGAAAAGCUGGCAGUGACAUUAAGGUACUUGAUUAGUGGCUGUUCAUUUAGGACUAUGAGUUCAAGCUUUAGGUUAGGCGAAAGUACCAUCCGGUCGAUAUUAAAAGAUGUGUGCAAUGCGAUUAUAAAUAAAAUGAAGGGGAAGUUCAUGCCCACACCUACUACCAAAGACUGGAAAAGAAUCGCAGAUGGUUUCAAUAAAAAAUGGAAUUUUCCAAACUGUAUAGGUGCCAUCGACGGCAAACAUGUAAACAUAAUUGCCCCUCCUAGCAGUGGCUCGCUAUUUUUUAAUUAUAAAAAACACUUCUCUAUCGUCCUCAUGGCUAUCGUCGAUGAUAGAUACAGAUUUAUAGCUGUUGAUAUAGGGGCCUAUGGCAGGAAUAGUGAUGGCGGAAUUUUGGCAUCGUCAAGAUUAGGAAGAGCGAUUGAAAUGAAUACGUUUAAUAUUCCAACUGACACACCAUUACCUGGUACUGAAAUAGUAAUGCCACAUGUUUUUGUAGCCGACGAAGCGUUUCCUUUAAAAAGGAAUUUAUUGCGACCAUAUCCUCGUUCAAGUGGCAUUUCAGAAAAGGAAAGAAUAUACAAUAAUCGCUUAUCACGAGCUCGCAGAGUGGUUGAAAACGCGUUCGGCAUCUUAUAUCAAAAAUUUGGAAUUUAUAAUAAGAAUUUGCAUUUACACCCAAAAUAUGUUGAUAUUGUGGUCUUUGCGACGUGUAUUUUACACAAUGUCAUGCGGUGUUAUAAUAUAAUAUCCGAUGAUGAAGUCAACACAAGGCAGAGUUCAGCCAAUAAUGAUCAUGAACAGAGAUUACUAAGUACACUUCCAGAAGAUAUAAGUGAAUCUUCGGCAUCUGCUUUUGAAACUCGUGAUAUGUUUGCAACUUAUUUUCAAUCUCCGGAAGGACGAGUUCCGUGGCAGCAUUUAAUAUAGAUCAUGGAUAGUUAAUAUGUCAUAAUCAUCAUAAGAAGUUAGUUAAAAUAUUAUUGGCUUAUUUAGAAUAUUAAACAAGUUUCUAUACUCA